GUGCCUCAUGGCCAAAUGGGACGGGGCACUGCGGUACGUACAGGGAGGACCAAGUGGUGAGGGGAGCAGCUGGGAGCAGCUGCUGCCCAGCACGCCUUUUUCCCCAUCCUGCCUGGGCUGUGGGCAGUGAGAGCUGGCCAGACAGGGUGCCUGGUGGAGGGUCUCAGCAGCCGAUUUUGGAUCCCCCUGCCUGCGCCUCAGGUGGGGCCCCACCUAGCUACGGCUCUGUGUCCUAAGGAAAACGGGACAUUCCAGGGUUAGAAACCAGGGUGGCUUCUGUAAACCCAGGACUUAAACUUGAAGGGUCAGCUGUGCGUGGUGGUGGCUGUAAAACUGAGAGGCGGAUGUAGCUGUACAGGAAUUUCAAGAGCAUUUUUUAAAGCUAUUUACCUAGGACUUUGUAAUAACUAUAACGUUGCCCGCACCUCCCCUUUCAUGAUGUAACCGUGAUGUAUGAGUGAUGUAGUUUGGGUGGGGUAUAACAUGGGGAUUAGCAGCUAAUAAAAGUUUGGGGGCUCUUUUGUUCGGGGCUUCCAUCUUGUUCCACCUUGUGGCAGGUGGGAGUGCUGUCGCGACAGUCUUCAAUAAAGACCAAGCCUACUGGCUGCUGUUUUGCUCUGGUAUUCCUGGCUGGUGUCCUUGGUUUUUUUUGUCCAAGGGAGCCCUCAGAUUUCUCCGUUAACAGGUUAUAUGCCUUGCUUCAGGAUUGUACAGUGGUACCUCAGGUUAAGUACUUAAUUCGUUCCAGAGGUCCGUACUUAACCUGAAACUGUUCUUAACCUGAAGCACCACUUUAGCUAAUGGGGCCUCCCGCUGCUGCCGUGCCGCCGCCGCACGAUUUCUGUUCUCAUCCUGAAGCAAAGUACUUAACCCGAGGUAAUAUUUCUGGGUUAGCGGAGUCUGUAACCUGAAGCAUAUGUAACCUGAGGUACCACUGUAUAUGGUGUACAUCCUGGACUUGAUUCGUAUGUUAGGAAGUAACCAGUAAAACAUUUGUUACAAACAUUACCAUUCAGCCUGUUGUGUUCUAUAUGUUGUGUUAAUUGCAUCUGCGUAACCAGGUAUUGUAUUUCUUUUGGUCUGCAAAGCCAGCUUGUCCUGCAGGCUCUAAAGCCGCUCAGCACCUUGCAGAAUAUCGGAAUGUUUCAAAAAAUUAAACUAUUUCCUCUAAGAUGCCCCAAACCCCCACAGCUUUAGAGCCCUUCCACUUUUCGCAGCCUAUCAAUGUAACAAUGCAAAAGCAGACAACAAGGAAGCCGUCAAGGAAUAAUAUCUGGAUUGUGUGGGCUUGCAGACAACUCGGGUGCUGCUGAGACUGACACAGAGGCGACAACAACGGAGGUGAAGGAUUAACCACCUCUGAUGCUUCAAGUUUCACAAGGGAUCCUUCGGGACUUCCCAGGAAAGGCAGAAUCUCGACCAUCUAUCAAGCAGCUGCUCGGUGCUCCCCCUAGCGGGGAAUGCUGCUUUUGCUAUUUGCUGCCAUCGGGAAAUAGGCGAUUAUCACUAUGGGGGGAAGGGAAAAUUUCAAACUCUCCUGCAAUCUUACGUUGUCUUCGCUCGCAACUUCGCUUUCGUUUUUGCUUUUAGUAGUGCGACGAGCAGGAGUUAGAGGGAAUAAAAGAGAGAAAGGAAGAGAGUUGGAAGGAGAAAAGUGUUUAGAAACCUGGAAGCGAAAUCUCCGAGGAGUGGACUGAGGUUUGCUGUAAAAAAAUCGGGCUGGCAGCAGGUGAGGAACUGAACUUUUCCCUUGCGAUUAUGAUGAUUUCCGUUUCUUUUUGAGCUUGAUCGACUCUGAGCUCCUUGCUAGGCGGGUGGGGCGGGGCGGCCAGAGUUGCUUAUUAUUACUAUUAUUAAUGUUGGAGACGGCUGCCCUUCUUCCCUGCUACAAAGGGAAUAAAUAACAUGCCUUCACUAUUGACCUAGUGCUACUAUAAUAACUUUAAAUAACUGCUCUGAAACCAACCCGGGUCUCCCUCCCAAACGAUGCUGCGUGUUAAUUUGACAUACUAUCCUUCUUUAGCUGCUAGGAAGCUGCCCUCCUCCUUCUCCUCCUCUUGGCGCCUGCCUCUUUUCCUUUCCUUUGGGUUGACACAGUGGAGAGAGAAGCUCUUCGGAAGCUGCCCACAUAGUCGCUGUCCCGUCCUUCAUCUUUCUCUGUUCCUCUUCCCUGUUUACUAAAAACAUUUGCAAACAUCCUCUGGGACUUGCAGGGCUUCCGUUCCCCCUGUACUCAACUCUGUCACACAUAUUUUGGUGCCCAAAGGCUGUUAGUUUGUUUUUGGGAGUGCACUAGGAAACAAAAUGUGUAGUUGGGAGUAGUGGUGUACCGUGGGUUGGCGGCACCCCCAGAGAGGCGUUCUGGGCUAGGCUAUGCUGGGGUCAGCCCUUCCAUGCCUGCUCCCACCUGUCUCUGCCACCACAUGUCUGCCCCCCCACACCAUCGCUCGCUCACUUGCCUGCCACCCCCUGUCUCCCUGCCUAACUCACACUCUGUCUCCGCUGCCGCAAGUCCUCUGCCAAAGCCUGCCACCUGUGCCAAGGCCACUGAUGUACUUCCUUCCUGAAGCACGCCAGCUGCUGCAAUGGAGGCCUGGUGGAGGCGGAGGCGCCUUGCUGUGACGGCAGAUGAAGUGAGACAUCACCUGUGUGGGGCAGCCUGGUUGUGCCUCCUCAAAAUUUUGCACCCGGGGCAACCACCCCUCUGACCCUCUGCAUUCUCUUGACUGCUGGGGAAGGCUUUAUGUGCUUGCUUAGCUUCUGCUAGUCUGGCUGGAGAGAUUUCUGUUUGUUUUUGUUCUCCAAAUGGUUUACAAUGAAGAGGAAACAGAGCCACCCAGUCUAGGUUUUGCCUUCUCAGAAAUCAGCCAUUUGAGCAGAGCUGUGUGCUGGCAAGCAGCCAGGAAUUAUCAGCAAUGGAACAUUUGGUCUGAAAUACAUUGCUGCGCCAGUCUACUGUUUAUGGAUCAUAAUACAUUGGCUUAAUGCAUCUCCCUCCUCAUCCCCAUUAAGUCCCACACAUAGCCCCUUCUCCAGACUUGGAUCUUGGCUUCUGGAAGGUCCCAGUCAGAACCAAACUACAUUUCAAGUUGCUUUGUCACAUUGUUGUUGUUGUUGUUGUUGUUGUUGAGACCCAUGUAAAUGUCGGAACAGAAGAGUUUUGCUGGAUCAGGCCAAUGGCCCACCAAGGCCAAGCUCAUAUUCUCAGAACAGAACUCAGUUCACUGUGAAACCACUCUGCCUCACUUCCUUGUUGGCUGUUAUUCAUAGUUCGGAAGGCAGAGGGAAGCGAAGCCUGCUUUCACUGUCACUGUAAAAAAAAUAUUUCAAAGUGUGCCAUGUACCAGAUAAUUUUUUCUAGAUGAAACAGAAAGCAAUCGUCUCAAACAGCUGUCCAACUUGUCACUUUAAGGGAGUUGCUGUUUUUCCAAAGAGCUAUGGGCUGCCAAUGGUAAACAAUUUUAAUUUGCUGAUUGUAAAAGUAUUUCUAUGCUGCCUUUCAGCUCUCAAAGGAGCUCCCCCCUAAUUACGGUAAUUCUGUUACUUUCUUUGCUCACUUUCCCAUUUUUCAACCGUUCCUACUAUUCAGCAGUGUAUUCAGCAGUGAACGUAUGUUUGAAAGGAGCACAAUCAAAUAUACAGUGGAACAGUGCUUUUUUUCCCUUUAAAAAGGUUUAGGGGUACUCUCAUUUUGACUCAAGAAAAUCACCAUUUUAUAGUUCAAAUGGGGAAAAAUAAAUACAGUAAAUGGACAAAAGUACAAAGAUUCAGCAAAUGUUUAGGGGUAUGCGUACUCCCAGAAGCAAGCACUGCAGUGGAACCUUGGUUCUCAAACUUAAUCCAUUCUGGAAGUCAGUUCGACUCCCGAAACUGUUUGAAAUCAAGGCACGGCUUCUGAUUGGCUGCAGGAGCUUCCUGCACUCUAGCAGAAGCCAUGUCAGACAUUCGGCUUCUGAAAAACGUUCACAAGCCGGAACACUUACUUCCGGGUUUACAGCAUUUGAGAGCCGAUAUGUUCGAUAACUAAGCAGUUCGGGAACCAAGGUACCCCUGUAUAUCAGAGUUUCUCUCUCCAGGAGAAACCCUCACCAGGACAGGAAGACCAAUUUAUGCAGUUUGAAGGCUUCUCAUCAAAGCAUUGCAGCCAUUUCAGGGGGUUUAGGCAGGAAAACUGAGAGGCAGAUGAAGCUGUACAGGAAUUUCAACAGCAUUUGUUGAAGCUAUUUACUUAAGAUGUUGUAAUAACUAUAAUGUUGCCUGCACCCCAAUUUCUGUUUGGUAAGAGAUUCCUGGGGUUCUAGUGCUUACCCAGAACAUGGUUUCCUUGGAAUGCUCAAUGGAGUUAAACACUAAUGGGAGUACAGUGGUACCUCGGGUUAAGUACUUAAUUUGUUCUAGAGGUCCGUACUUUACCUGAAACUGUUCUUAACCUGAAGCACCACUUUAGCUAAUGGGGCCUCCUGCUGCCACCGCACUGCCGGAGCACGAUUUCUGUUCUCAUCCUGAAGCAAAGUUCUUAACCUGAAGCACUAUUUCUGGGUUAGCGGAGUCUGUAACCUGAAGCGUAUGUAACCUGAAGUGUAUGUAAGCUGAGGUACCACUGUAGUUUGAACUGGACCUGGAAAUGAACUGGCAACCGAUGCAGCUGUUUUAAAAGAGGACUUAGAUACAGAAGGCAUUAACUGCUGCAAUAUUUCUGUUCUUAUUUAGGUGUGAUAAAUCUCACAGAAGAGCAGUCAUGGCUUGUAAGAGCAGCAAACAAGGCACAUUAGCUCAAAUGAAGCAGCCAUCUGGCAAACGUACCCUUGAUAUCGCCAUCGUAGGGGACUCAGGUGUCGGCAAAUCAUCCCUGGUCAAUGCCCUGCGAAAUAUGGCAGAUGAUGAGCUUGGUGCAGCUGCGGUCGAUGUGAUAAAAGGUACUAGGGAACCAACGGGGUACUUGUACCCCCAAUAUCCAGAUGUAACCCUUUGGGAUCUACCAGGGAUUCAACCACCUCUGUUUCCGGCAGAGAGAUACAUAAAGGAUAUGGAUUUUAAAAAGUACGAUUUCUUCAUCCUUGUUGGCGAAAGAAGAUUGACUGAUGAUGCCAUCGUGCUGGCCCGCGAAAUUCAGAAAACAAACAAGGGUUUUUUCUAUGUGUGCACCAAAGUGGAUGUUAUGAUAUUUGCUGAAAGCAGGAAACCAAGCUUCAAUGAGGAGAAAACCCUUGAGCAAACAAGGAAAGAUUGCUGUGAAUGUCUGACAAAGGCCGCGGAGUCUUCUCCAAGGGUUUUUCUCAUCUCAAGGUGGGAUUUGAGCAUGUACGAUUUCCCCCUCCUGCAGAGGACUCUGCAAGAUGAAUGUAUUCAUCUCCAGAGGCGUGCCUUACUACCACCCCAGGACCCAGGAAGGAAGAUACACAAUAAGUAUGUUGGUUUCAGCUGAAGCCAAACUUUAUUCAAUUACAUAUCUUCACCUCAAUAUGAAAGCAAACUUGUUUAAUGUUUCUUUUUUCUGUGUUGUUGUGGCUGUACCCAUAUAUAAGGAUGUAGAGACUAUAUCUCCCCUCACUUUCCUCUUUUAGUUGACUGUACCCCACUCCAGCUCCUGGCAUCAAGCACUAAUAAUAAUAAUAAUAAUAAUAAUAAUAAUAAUAAUGUUAUUUAUACCCCUCCCCUGGUUUCUCCAGAGUCUUGCUCUCUUGCACAAAGACCUUAACAGUGAGGUGGGAAGGACGCAAUGGGGUUACCUGAUAACUGAACUGAUAAGCCUUGCAUUGCAUGAGUCAGGCCUCUAUGAAGUGGGCUAUCCAUUUCAAUUUCCCUGAAUCCGAUAUUGUAUGUUAGGUGUAAAGAACGUUUGGCCCUCCAGAUAUCACUGAACUACAACUCCCAUCUUCCUUGCCCAUUGGCCAUGCCUGCUGGGGCUGAUGGGAACUGUAAUUCAGCAACAUUUGCUGCUUGUAGCACAAAGCUGUGCCCCCCCUUUCCCUUAUAAUGGGGUGGCAGUGGGUGUUUCCUUGUUGGAUCAAUGUCUUCACUUCCCUACUCAUGUGUGGCCACUGCUGUGGCACCUUUGAACUGCAGGUAUUUGUGGGGCGGUCUUUAGGAAAGGAGUCAGUCUUUCAUAUAUUUGUUUAUUUAGGACUUUAAUGUGAGCCAUUUGGACUGGGCCUACAAAGCAGCUAUUUUAAGCAGGAGCUUUAUGUAAGAAGGAGUUAACCAUUGCUAUAUUUCUGUUCUUACUUAGACCUGAUGAAUGUCCCCGAGGAGCAGCUAUGAGUGCUAACAGCUCACAAUCAGACACAUCAGCUCAAAGAGAACACCCACCAGGCAAAAGCAGCCUGGACGUUGCCAUCACGGGGGGGCCAGGUGUCGGCAAAUCAUCCCUGGUCAAUGCCCUGUGCAAUAUGGCAGACAAUGAGGAGGAUGCCGCCACGGUUGAUAUGAUACAAGGUACUAAGGAACUCAAAGGGUACCUGUGCCCCAGCUACCCCGACGUAACUCUCUGGGAUCUGCCAGCAAUCGGAACACAUGAGUUUGAAGCAGAGAAAUACGUAAAAGAGAUGGAUUUCAACAAGUACGAUUUCUUCAUCAUUGUUAGUGAAAUAAGCUUCACUGAGCACGAUGCCAUGCUGGCUCGUGAAAUUUGGAAAAGAAAGAAGAGGUUUCUCUAUGUGCGCACCAAAGUGGAUGUCAGUAUAGCUGAUGAAAAAAGAAACCCACACUUCAUGGAGGACAAAACCCUUAAGGAAAUAAGGAACUACUACUGUGAAAAUCUGGCAAAGGCCGGGGAGUCGUCUCCAAGGGUUUUUCUGAUCUCAAAUUGGGAUUUGAGCAUGUAUGAUUUCCCCCUCCUGCAAAGGACCCUGCAAGAUGAAUUUAUUGAUCUCAAGAGGUAUGCCUUAGUACUAAGCCAGAUACUCGAUAGGUAUGUUGGGUUCAGCUUAGGCCAUUUAUGUUAGCAUCUGAUGCUCCUCAGUUCCUUCCAAGCCUCUGGCAAGGCUCUUGCCAUUUAAGUUGGCAGGGGGUAGAGCACAAAGCAAACUGUGUCUGGAGGUUUCAGUUGCAGAAGGUGAAUCCCUUCUCUUUGUCAGGGUCCUUCCUGACUCAAACAAUACAUAUAAAUAAUAAAUUAUUAUUAUAAUUAUAUUUGAAGUAAUGGCACCCUGUACAGAACCUUAGUAAGGAACUUAGCUGUCUUAUGUUGAGUCAGAACAUUUAUUGAGCUAGACCUUGUAUUGGCUACAUGGACUGGCAGCAGCUCUCCAGGGUUUCAGAAAGGGCAUGUUCCCAGCCCAAACAGGAGGCGCCAGCGAUUGAGAUCGCCUGCAUUUGAUGCAAAUGCUCUGCCACCGAGCUAUAUGCCCUUUCCAUAUAAAUGAGGAACACACAAUGGUUCUAAGGCAGCCUGAAGUGUCCCAUUUCAUUAAUAUCUCACCUGCACACACCAAUAGCCUCCAGACACACCCUGAGCACUGUCUUGAUCCUCAGUUUCCCCCUUCAACCUUUGGGCUUCAGGGCUGAAGGUGGGAAGCCCAGAGUCUCCAUAUGGGUUUUGUCUAGCUGGCUGGUCCGUUCACCUUUUCUCUGGUGUACAGCAUUGCAGCCAGUCAGCCGAGCCUCAACAGUUUUCCGGUGUAGGGGGAGGUACGCUGCCUCCCCUCCCUGCGUCACAGCCAGCGCAGUCAUCUGUGCUGGCAAUAGCCCUAGCCAAUCUGCGGCCAGGGUGGGUGUGGCCAUGGGCCAUUUAAACUUGGCAUGGCCGGCGGGCCGGCUGGCUUCCUCUUCCUCGCCUCUUCAUCAGAUAACCCUACCUACCCACCCUCUUUUCAUGCUUUGCUCUGAUAUGACCUUGCUAUGGCAGUUGUGGGUCGCCAUGUUGUUGGGGCCGGGCCGGGUAGGAAUUUUUUCCACUUGGCAAAUGGGCACCAGCCAUUUGGUUUUCACCCACCUAGUAGCAAUCGUCACAACUUCUGUGAGGUUAGGCAUUGGGUAAGCCUUCAUUUGGAUGGAGGGGAGGUUGUUGCCUUGCUUGCCCCUCCUCAGUAAGGGUAUCCUGUUAAAAGGAUCUGGGGUGUGAAUCCUGUCCGAAGCCUGGACGUGGGCUAGGGCCAUGUUGCAGCCCCUGUGGGGACUCCGCAGGGUGCCACUAUCUAAUGUAAGUUAUAGGGCACCCCCUAUUGGUGGUUUAUCCUUCUGUGGAUUCCCUGCAGAUGGGCGAGAGUCAAGAUACCGCCUGGCUUCACCCCAAUGCCUGAGCCAAACCACUCACAUCUGUAACCAAUAAAGUUGUGGCCUAUUUGAACACAUAAACCAAAAUAUUCCAUGUCAGUGUGAUUUAUUGUUCUCCUGGGAACUUUGUGGCUCAAGUGCCUUGGCAUGCAAUAACCUCCAUCAGUACUACUCUUACAUACAUCAGUUCACCUUCAUGCAGCUAUAUCUAGGUUGUCAAAGAAAAAUAUGUAGUAUUUUUUAAUAUUGAAAAUGCUUUUUUCUUUCCUAGACCAAGUGAUUCAUCUAGAAGAGCCAAGUGGUGUGACAUCUCAACUUUUAUUGCUGACUUGGAAAAUAUGAAGGCUGUUUUAAGACAAAGAAAUCUCCCAGAUGUGGUAGCCCAGAUUCGGCAAGAGUUAGAUUUGCUAAGCAAUGCCACACUUGACAUUGCCAUCACAGGGCAUACAGGUACUGGCAAGUCUUCUCUUGUCAAUGCCUUGCGGGGUAUGCCAGAUUUUGGAGAGGGCUCAGCUAAGACGGGGCUGAAACAGACAACCAUGUCUGUGACAAAAUAUCAGCACCCGAAGUUCCCCAAGGUGACACUAUGGGAUCUACCAGGAAUUGGAACGGAUGAAUUCAAAGCAGAUGAGUAUCUGGAGAAGGUAGAUUUUAGCAAAUACGAUUUCUUUAUCAUCGCUUCAGAACGUUUUACAGAGAGUGACACCCAGCUGGCUCGUGAGAUUCAGAAAAUGAAAAAGAAGUUUUACUAUGUGCACCCUAAAAUUAAUCUUUGCAUGGCUGCUGAAAGAAGGAAACCCAACUUCAAUGAAAUGGAGACACUUGAGGACUUAAGGCAAGAUUGUUGUGAUAAACUGAGAAAACUGGGAGAGGCUUCUCCAAAGGUUUUUCUGAUAUCAAAUUGGGAUUUGAGCAUGUAUGAUUUCCCCAUUCUGCAAGAAACCUUGCAGAAUGAACUGAAUCAUCUCAAAAGACACGCGCUCCUUCUCUCAAUGCCAACUUUCUCAAGAGAUAUCCUGGAGAAGAAGAAAUCUGAGAUGAGGAAACUUAUAUGGAGGCAGGCCCUUGUGUCUUCCUAUUUUGGCUGUGUGACUCGGUUAGCUCUCAAAUUACCUUGGCAUAUUUUCUUCUUGGUGACAACACUCAAAAAGCUCUGCAUGGCUUUUGGGUUGGAUGAAGAGUCCCUGUGCAGUCUUGCAAACCGGGUUGGUAAACCUCUAAGUGAGCUGAAAUCAGUGAUUAAGAAGUCUCCACUGGCUAAUGAGAUCAGCGAAGAAUUUGUACUUGAUCUCUUGGCCAAGAGUAAAGCACCAACAGUGCUAGAACAGAUUGUUGCGUUCAUACCUGUGUUGGGCAGUUUAGUCAGUGGAACGAUUUCUUUCAAAACCAUCUACUACAUGCUGCAAUGCUUUCUGCAAGAUGUCGAGGAAGAUGCGGAGAAUGUUCGUGCAAAAGCCUCUGAGCACUGAAAGUCCCAAAUAAAGACCAGACACCUAUCUAUUGUGUUUAGAGAUCUGCUAGUAACAUGGAAUCCGCAAAAUCAAUGUUUUGGGGUUUUUGGGGGGAGGAAAUGGUUUUGCAAGUAAAAUUCUUUAUAUGCUUUUCCUGCUUAUAUUGUUAAAUUGCUUUGGGUAUUUCAUGGAAGUGAUUCAUACAUGAAACGAGAUAAAGAAAAUAAUAGAAGCUGCAGAGUUCAUGGGGAGUACUUGGCUGUGAGUGCCAUGAGCACUCGAAAAAUCAGGGUUCUGAACUUAGGUGAUCUAUACAUAUAAAGAACAGAGGAACUUUAAGGUGAAGGACAUAUCAAGGAGAUUUUGCAUUAGCCUCUAAGAAUAAAGGGGCCCUUGAAUGUCCUUUUUUAUCAGUUGAUUUGUGCUUAUGAUAUUCUUGGGGCUAUACUAUAUACUAUAUACUAUAUACUAUACUAUACUAUACUAUACUAUACUAUACUAUACUAUACUAUACAUGUUUCAAUAUGUUUUGGGGCUGCUAUACUACUUCCUUUCUGAUCAGUGCCCUUCCUGUAACUUCAUGUUGAAAUCCCAUAACUUUCCAAACCACAAAUGUUCGGGGUGUUUGCUUUGUUUUUGUCCCACUUUUCUUGUGCUCCAGCCCUUCUGGAUGAUGCGGUAGUAUUGGGAAAACAUGAUGUGACAACUCAUAAAGCAGAACAAAUGCACCACUCAUGCACCGAUAUACUAUUACUGUGUCUAUAAUAUGUUGCAGAACUCACCCACAAUAGAACGCCAGUUUGUAGGGGCCCUAACCUGUCUUACAUUACUAUUUGCAUAGAUGUGCGAUAGAGUGUUGCGUCACACAGAGCUCUGAGUGGGUCCAUAUUGUCAGGCACUCAUCUUGGAAGAGAAUGUGCUGAAUGGGGGCCAACACCCAGGUUGGAAAGCUGUUCACUUCUUCAGAACAGGGCUGGGGACUCUCCAAUGUUUGAUCACACCAAAACAAAGCCCAGAUUUUGAACUGGAUUAAGAAGAAGAACCGCAGUCCAGUGGGAGGCCAACACUCUGUCUAUUUGCUCUGGUUAUGCCACCAAUUCCUUCUGUAAAUUGCCUUUGCAACAGAAACUUCAGUAUUUGAUGGGAAAACAGUAGUUUGUUUUCUGUAUAGGACUAGAUGAGGUUUAGUGAGCUAGAGUAUUUAUCUGUGUGCUAUGUAUUACGAGCAUGUAGUAAUAAACUUGCAUACUGAAUGAAA